CUCAUCCUCCGGCUGGUACCUCCCAACUGCUAAUUUCCAAGGAGAGAGAGAUGGAGACCGGGGGGAAGAUUAAGAAGGGCGCAGGCGGCCGGAAGGGCGGAGGCCCAAAGAAGAAGCCGGUAUCCCGGUCGGUCAAGGCCGGCCUCCAGUUCCCGGUCGGCCGGAUCGGUCGUUACCUCAAGAAAGGCCGCUACUCCCAGCGCGUCGGCACCGGCGCGCCCGUCUACCUCGCCGCCGUCCUCGAGUACCUCGCCGCCGAGGUUCUGGAGUUGGCCGGGAACGCGGCGCGGGAUAACAAGAAAAACCGGAUCAUCCCGAGGCACGUGCUUCUGGCGGUGAGGAACGACGAGGAGCUGGGCAAGCUUCUCGCCGGGGUGACCAUCGCCCAUGGAGGGGUUCUGCCCAACAUCAACCCGGUGCUUCUCCCGAAGAAGACGGCGAGCAAGGAGCCCAAGUCGCCCUCUAAGGCCACCAAGUCCCCCAAGAAAGCUUAAUAGCUGAUCACCCGUGUGUUGCUAUUCCAACUUUCGUAUUUCUGUUUGAAAUUCCGUGGAUCUUUUUUUGACGGUUUUCUUCUUUCGUUUGUAUCGGAGGGGGUGUAAGGAGGAGGGAACGAAACUGGAAAAAAAGGAUUUGUAUCAAUCGUCUUUCCUUGCAGGAAAUGUUAAGAAUGGUGCUUUU